CUCAGCCUCUCUAUCAGUCUAGCUCUGAUGAGCCUUGGACUUUAAUUACUGUAUCCUCAGCAAAAUCAAAGAGCUCCGCUUCAGUUCCUGGGUGCAGGCAACGUAUGGCAGAACAAAGAUCUCAACGUGAUUCCACCAUUUGAAGUCCAUUGAUUGGGAAGGGCAGAGUAAAAGAUCCAAGAGCGCACUAAUGUGCUGAGGCUGAAGCGUUUACAAGCUCGGAUGGACUCAACAGGCCGUUGAGUGAAACUCUGGUGAGCUUUACAGUGUGCUGUUGAUUCUUACAUACAGGCCGAAUCCUGACUUUACCAUGAAGAUCUCUGGGACUUCACUCGACCUGAGUGCAACAGACUAUGGAAUAACCCUGGACCCUACAUUCACCAUGCUGGAGUUUGACGGUCUACGUGUUCUCCCUCUACAAGCAGAGCCACUAAUCCCAGGACAUGUGCCUGCAUCAGUACCAGUGGCUGCGCCACAGCAGAGCAGCAUGAAUCUCUGUGCUAUCUGCGCAGACAGAGCUACAGGGAAGCACUACGGUGCGUCCAGUUGUGAUGGCUGCAAGGGCUUCUUCAGGAGGAGUGUGCGCAAGAACCAUGCCUACACAUGCAGGUUCAGCAGGCAGUGUGUGGUGGACAAAGACAAAAGAAACCAAUGUCGAUACUGCAGACUUCGAAAGUGCUUCAGAGCCGGCAUGAGGAAAGAAGCUGUUCAGAAUGAGCGUGACCGUAUCAGCUGUCGUAGAGAAGGUCAAGGCGUCGGGACUCUCACCAUUGAUGUGCUGAUGCAGGCAGAGGCUUGCACUCAUCAGAACCAGAAUCCCAUGAGGGACAUCAACACCAAGAAGAUAGCCGGCGUGGGAGAUGUGUGUGAAUCCAUGAAACAGCAGCUACUCCUUCUAGUGGAAUGGGCGAAGCGCAUCCCUGAGUUCUGCGAGCUCUCGGUGGAUGACAGGGUGGCACUGUUAAGAGCUCACUCCGCUGAACACCUCAUCUUAGGGGUGGCACGACGUUCACUUCCCUACAAUGACAUCAUCCUGCUGGGAAACGACUUCAUCAUUCCUGUUCGAGGCACCGAGCAGGAGAUGUCCAAGGUAGCCACUCGUAUCCUGGAAGAGCUGGUGAGACCUCUGAAAGAGCUGAACAUCACAGACACUGAAUUUGUCUGUCUCAAAACCAUCGUCUUCUUCGCCCCAGACUGUCCUGGACUGCAGUGCUCUCAGGCAGUGCGCCGCCUGCGAUUCCAGGCCCAGGUGCUGCUGGAUGAGGCCACGAGCGAGCAGCGAGGCCGGUUUGGAGAGCUGCUGUUGUUGCUGACCACACUCCAGAGUGUGGCCUGGCAGAUGGUGGAGCAGCUGCAGCUGAUGCGUCUCCUGGGCAAAGCCAGUGUGGACAGCCUGCUGAUGGAGAUGCUCCUGGGAGAAGAAGCAAGCAGAGGAUCUGAAGCACUGGCAGCCUCAGAGUCAAAUCCUGAGCCACUUAUAUUCACCACAGCUACAGAGUCUGCCCUCUCCAGAGGAAUACUGAUGGAGCACAUCCCAAUGCCAAACUUCACAUCCGUGAUCCUUCCUGUACCCUCCUCUUUGUCUGAAGAUCCCCUGCUACCCACACACACCGGGCAUGAGGUCUUCACACAUGGACAAGCAGCAGACAUGCCAAGAGAAAUGUCCAACAGUCUCGCCAUGCCAACUGUCCACACGUGCCUUUAACCACAUGUGUAAAGGUCCUCAGUUAAACAGACAUGAAUAACUUUAUAUACUUAUGACCUCAGCUGAUAAACACAUAAAACUGAGGACAAGGAGUCAUUAUAUUUUACAUAUAGUGAGUAGGAUCAUGCUUAAUAAUAGUGUUAAAAUCUAACAGUGUUAAAAUUUUAAUGAGAGUGAAAAAUGAACACAAUAAACGGUCUCCAAGCAGUAUAUAAAUAUUUUGUAUGGAGAUCACUGGUAAAUGAUUGUCUAAUUUAUUGGAUGGUGACAUGGCAGGCCGUGUGCAUAAACAUUACAGUUCAACAACUCUCAUGGGUUCAUGGUUCAAUCAGAUACCAGAUGUCAAACACAUGAGGGUUGGUCUGCCUUAAAUGUAGAAAAAGGACUGCCUGAUUUUUUUCCACUUGAAUAUAUCAUAAGAGAUUUUUUGUUUUGUUAUCAUAUCAUACACUGUAAAAAUGAUUUUGUUCUUGUUGUUGUUGUAAAUAAAACAGAUUAUUGGAGUAGGUUUUACAAGAAAAUACUAUUUCAGUUUUUGUACUUAAAAAUUUCAAAUUUAAUUAUGUGUAUUACUUGCCAUUUCUCUGUAAUUAUUUGUGAAAUUUACUAGCAAUGUCUGAGUGAAAAUUGUUUCAAAGAAAAAAAAAAUACACCAAUUUUGUCAGUCUAUCAUAUGUUUGUUUCUGUCACUUUUUUUUUUUUAAAUGCAUAUUUUGCAGUUUAUGCUCAUGUUAGAUUUCUUUUUUCUUUUUUUUUUUUUUUUUUUUUUUUGUUGAUUAUCAGGUCAAAGUGAAUUAGAAUUUAAUUUAAAUUGUUUAGAAAGGCAAACUAGAAUAAAUGAGAGACCAAUAGGCCUAAAUGUGGAAAAAUAAAUUCACCAGAGGGCGCCAAAUGCUUAUUAUCCAAGAUUCCCAUGUCAGGAAGAGGCUUGUUAUUCUUUCAUAUUAUUUGACUUAUUUCUCCAUAAAUAUACAUUUAGAGCAAGUCAUAAUAGAACAAAUUGUGAAGAGAAAUAAUCCCAUACAACCAAAACCUUACUUCAAAAAAAAAACUGUACAAGGAGGACAAAACUAAUCUGAACAUGUGAAGCACUUUUAAGUAGUUUUAUUUAGAUCAUCAUUACAAAGAUGCAUUGUACUAUCGCCGAACUCAGUAUGAAUAUUAUCGUUUAAAUUACCAUGUAUGAGGUUAUCGCUAUAUUUUGUGUUUAAAGGGAUAGUCUACCCAAAAAAAUCAAAUUCUGUCAUCUUUACUCACCCUCAUGUCAUUUCAAAACUGUAUGUCUUUCUUCUGCUGAACACAAAUAAAGAUAUUUGAAGAAUUUUGGUGACCAAGUCCUGUCGGUUUUUUGUCCAUACUAUGGACGUCAAUUGGACCCAAAACUAUUUGUUUACCAAUAUUCUUUAAAAUAUCUUCUUUUGUGCAUUUCAAAAAGAAAUGCAUACAGGUUUGGAAUGACAAGAGGGUGAUGUUUUGGG